AUGGAUAGGAGAAUUGAAGCAAGAAGAAAAGAGUUUAAAAAAAAUUGUGAUGACACAAGAAGAAAAAGAGAAGAUUUAGUAGUUCAAAUAAGAAAACAACAAAGAGAAUGUCAAUUAGAAAGUAAAAGAGCCAUGAUAAUGGCUAAUACAGGCUUUGAAGACAAUCCAUUUAAUUUAAAUUAUUUAAAAACUAAUCAAGAUGAUUCAACUAAUGAAUCCAUAUGUAACACUUCAUCUAAUAACAGUUCAAAUACAUUAGAAAUGUUAAAAAAAAUACCAACGUUAGCUAUAGGUGUAAGAUCAUCUGAAUAUGUAACACAAUUAAAUAGUACAAGAGAGUUAAGAAAAUUAUUAUCUAUUGAAAAGGGACCACCAAUACAAGAAGUAAUAAAUUCAGGAGUAGUCCCAUACAUAGUAGAAUUUUUAAAAUAUGAUGAUAAAACAGACUUGCAGUUUGAAGCAGCAUGGGUAUUAACAAAUAUUGCUUCUGGAUCUCAAGAGCAAACAAAAGUAGUAAUUGAUAAUAAUGCAGUACCACAUCUUGUAAGAUUAUUAAAUAGUGAAAAAGAAGAUGUAUGUGAACAAGCAGUUUGGGCAUUAGGAAAUAUUGCAGGAGAUUCAGCUGAAUGUAGAGAAUACGUUUUAAAUCAAAAUUCAUUACCAUUAUUAUUAAAAAUUUUAAGAACUAGUCAUAAAAGAACUUUAAUAAGAAAUGCUGCGUGGACUUUAUCAAAUUUAUGUAGAGGAAAACCUGCACCAAAAUUUGAAAUUGUCUCAAAGGCUUUACCAACUUUAGCUGCCUUAAUUUAUAAUGAUGAUGAGGAAAUAUUAACAGAUGCUUGUUGGACUCUUUCUUAUUUGUCAGAUGGGUCAAAUGAAAAUAUUAAUGCAGUUUUAGAUGCAGGUGUAGCAGAAAGAGUAGUAGAAUUGCUUAGUCAUUGUUCGUUUUUAGUUCAAACACCAGCAUUAAGAACAGUAGGAAAUAUUGUUACAGGAGAUGAUUUACAAACUGAUGUGGUUGUUAAAUUAGGUGCAGUUCAAAAGUUAUCAUGUUUACUUAAUUCUUCAAAAAAAAGUAUCAAAAAAGAGGCCUGUUGGGCAUUAUCAAAUAUUACCGCUGGAAAUAUUUCUCAAAUUCAAGCAGUUAUUGAUAAUAAUGUUAUCCCUCAACUUAUUAAUAUUUUAAUGAAAGAAGAUUUUGAAGUUAGAAAAGAAGCUGCAUGGGCUAUUUCCAAUGCUUCUUCAGGUGGAUCUGAAUCACAAAUAGAAUACCUUGUAGAAUGUGGUGCUAUACAUUCAUUAUCUAAUUUAUUAGAUGUAGAAGAUGCUAACAUUAUUUCUGUUACAUUAGAAGGUUUAGAAAAUAUUUUAGAAAUGGGUGAAAAUAAAAAAUUAAGAGAUAAUCUACCAGCUAAUCCAUAUGUACAUCUAUUUGAAGAAUGUGAUAGUGUUCAUAAAAUUGAUGCUUUACAAGAUAGAAAAGUUGACAAUAUUUGCAAUAAAGCUUGGAAAAUAUUAUAUAAAUAUUUCCCAUUUGUUAUUAAUAAUGAAUUAAAUAAUGCUCCAUUACCUUUAAAUAACGUCUUCACAAACAGUGAUGAUGCUGUUUUAAACAAAGAUUUUACAUUUGAUUAA